AUGGUUUUCACUACUCCCAGCUGGGUGCCCAAGCUCCCUAUAAACCCUCCGGAUUCGAUACCGAUCGCGGAGUUCAUGAAGAAUGAGGUAUAUGGUCGCAAUCCCAUAGCCAAGAGCAGACAUCCCUUCACUUGCGGAAUUACAGGCCGCACGUACUCGGCGCCUGAACUGUUUCACCGAGCGGAGCACUUUGCCAAAGCACUAGCCAAGCGCAUGCAAUGGCAGCCCAACGAAGGUACUCCGUGGGAUAAAGUUGUGGCUAUCUUCUCAUUGAAUACAAUCGAUUUCGUCACCGCCAUUUAUGGCGUUCACCGACUGUCGGGAAUCGUCACCCCAGCCAAUGCUGCGUAUUCCGUUGAUGAGCUUACGCAUCAGCUCAAAUCAUCUGGUGCGAAGGUUCUCGUGACUUGCACGCCGCUGCUCGAGACAGCACUUGAGGCGUCAAGACGCGUCGGUAUAUCAAAGGAGAACGUGUUCCUCUUUGACAUUCCGCGAACUGAGCCUUCUUCCAAAUUCGCCCAUGCGUCUGUUGAGGAUCUCAUCAACGAAGGAUCCAAACUUGCGGAUCUAGAUCAGUUGGAAUGGACUCAAGGCCAGGGUGCACGUCAAACAGCAUUUUUAUGCUUUUCGAGUGGCACAUCAGGGCUACCAAAAGCUGUUAUGAUAUCUCAUUACAAUGUGAUCUCGAAUGUGUUACAGCACGUCACAUAUGACUCCGUCGCACGAGCCAAGAAAGGCGUCACAACUCAAGCAGUCACAGGCUUUCUACCCUUCUCUCACAUCUACGGACUUGUGAUUAUGGCCCAUACUAGCACGUGGCGGGGCGACCAAGUUAUUGUGCUCCCGCGAUUCGAUUUCCAUGACUUUCUCAAAUCUGUUCAGCAGUACAAGAUUAGGCAGAUGUUUGUGGUACCGCCGAUAAUCAUUCAAAUCCUCCGGUCUAAGGACGUGUGUGCAAAGUAUGACUUGAGUAGUGUGCGGUUCGUCUAUUGCGGCGCUGCACCGCUCGGUGAGGAGACCAUCCAGGAGGUAAACAAUAUAUACCCAGACUGGACAAUUGCUCAGGCGUACGGCAUGACGGAAACCGCGACAGUUGUUACGUCUUCGAGCGAGGAUGACGUAUUUACAAGAGGCUCUGGGUCUCUGAUCGCGGGAGCAAAAGGCAAGAUUAUCGAUCUCGAGGGUAAGGAGAUCACUGAGCACGACAAGCCUGGAGAGCUUCUGAUCCAAGCACCUUCCGUGGUACUGGGGUACCUCAAUAACGAGAAGGCUACUUCGGAAACCUUUGUACAUCAUAAUGAUGGCAGAUGGAUUCGCACAGGAGACGAAGCCUUAGUGACUGUGGCUCCUUCGGGUCAUGAGCAUGUUGUCAUCGUUGACAGAAUCAAGGAAUUGAUCAAAGUUAAGGGCCAUCAAGUUGCACCAGCGGAACUCGAGGCUCAUCUUCUCUCACAUCCGCAUGUGUUUGACUGUGCUGUGAUUCAGGUUCCCGAUGAACGCUCUGGUGAAGUACCCAAGGCUUUUGUUGUGAAGAGUUCGUCGGCUCAGUCAUUGGAUGAGAAGAAGGUAGUAGAUGAAAUCCUGAAGCACGUUGCCGACCAUAAGGCCUCUUAUAAGCAGUUGAGGGGAGGUGUCGAAUUUCUGGAGGUUAUCCCCAAAAGCCCUAGUGGAAAGAUCCUUCGUCGUCUUCUGAGGGACAAGGAGCGGGAAAGUAGGAGAACGCAAGGUUCAAAGCUUUAA